AUGUAUAUAGAGAUAUUUAUCAAGCUUGAGUUGUUGUCUCUCUCAUCACCAACUCCGGCUGCCUCCACCAACCUCCACCACCCACCACCUCACCACUAUCAGCCACCACCCAAUAUCACUGCUUCACCCACCACCCGACAUCAUCACCAUAAGCCAUCGCCUCAACACCACUUGACAUCUCCACAAUUAGUUACCGCCUCACCCACCACCCAACAUCAUCACCGUAAGCCACCGCCUCACCAACACCCGACAUCACCACCAUCAACCGCCACCACACCUUCCAUCUGUCACUGCCUCUCCAGCAGCCACCACGCAUUGCCGACGUUUUUCUCCUGA